AUGAAGCCUCAAGAUCUGUGUGAUAUUGAUGACUUAGCUACAUCUCUUGUUGUCGAUGUUUUCCUUGGAUUUAAUACCCACAAAAUGAACACAGAACGUAAAGAAAGGUAUGAAUGUAAGUCACAUUUAAAACCUAUUAUUGAUGAAUUCAUAAAAAAUCAAAAUAUGAAAAUAGCUUUUGGAUCUUUUUGGAAUCGAAAGUAUGUACCUGAUCAUUUAUUCAAAGCGUCUUAUAAAAAAUUAGUCAGAGACCAUAUUGAAAGAUACAUGGGAAUGUUUUAUUUGGAUUCUGGUUUUCGAAUUGAACCAUGUUACAGAUACUCUUUAGAGAAUAAAGUAGGAGCCAAAGUCAAUGCCACCAGUCAUUGGCAUAAAAAUGGAAUUAUUAAACGAUUAGUUGGUUGUGUGGCCGAGUUGACAGAAAAAGAGGAGGAUGAAAUAUUGCAUAUUGGGAAGAAUGAUUUUUCAGUGAUGUACAGCUGUCGCAAAAAGUGUGCUCAACUUUGGCUGGGCCCAGCAGCGUAUAUUAACCAUGAUUGCCUGGCCAAUUGUAUGUUUGUACCUAAUGACAAAGGAACGGCCUGUGUUAAAGUACUCAGAGAUAUUAAACCUGGUGAUGAAAUAACAUGCUCUUAUGGUCCUAAUUUCUUUGGUGAAAAUAAUGUUUACUGUGAAUGCUGCUCAUGUGAAAAGUUGUGUAAAGGAGCUUUUAAGACAAAUGAAGAACAUGAAGAACAACCAAAAUUGGGACGGUACAAUUUUAGGCAAACUAAUGGUCGAACCAAUUCUUACCGGUCUCCAGAUAAAAGCAAAAAAGUAAAGGCACCAAAAACACCUCAAAAGAAAAAGAAUGUGGUUUCUGAACCCUGUACUCCAAAUAAAAAUCCUGAAGUUGACAAGGGUGAAGCUCUGCUUGGAUCGCCAUACACAAAAAUAAUCCUAAAGACAAGAGGCUUAGAUUUGGACCAAGCGUCAAAAUCACCAGAAAAGUAA